AUGGCUUCAGAAGCUCCCGCUGCAUCCGUCGGUGCAACCAGCGCAGCCAACGAGCCUGUCUCGGCCACGACACCCACAGCUGGCAGCGCUGCUGACCAGCAAGCUCCUGCGCGCGGCAUCCCUUACUACGAAAAGCUAAGGCGCGAGCUGCGAGAUACCCUGCAGAAGAAGCGCCUGAUGGACAAGAACCUGGCCGCGCUGGAAGAGUCGAUAUACCGCUUCGAACAGUCCUAUCUCGAGGAGACGGGGGCAGGCAACAUCAUCAAGGGGUUUGACAACUACAUCAAGGGCGCGUCCAGCCUGUCGAGCAUGGGAGGCAGCGGGAUCGGCGCAUCGUUUGGUGGCUCGGGCAACGGGCCCACGACCAGGCGGAAGGGUCAGGUGGCUGACUCUGACAGGGUGUUUUCCCGCAGCUCAACUGGUUUUAUGAGGGACUCUCCGGCUCCCUCGAGUGCACAUACGACGCCUUCGCAUGCCCAGACACCUACGUCUACUGCUCCUGGAAUCAAGAGUGAGGGUAAGGAGGGCUCGGUGGGAGCAGGUGCCGGUGCUGCCGGUGGUAAUAAAGGUGCUGCAAAUAAGAAAGGUAAUAGAAAGUCCGUGGGGGAUGCGUCGUCAGCGCGGCGGGACAGAGAGACGGGCGACGAGGGUGAUAACAAGCAGCCUCUCAAGAGGUUGAAGAUCACCUACGUUAGAGGGGAGUGA